UAUGAAACUUAAUAAUAUUCCAAAGAUAAAAAGUUCAAUUGAUUUAACUUCCGGCGAAGAUAGUUCAGAAGAAAUUAUAGAUUUAUGGAAUAUGCGUAUUAAAUUUGGAAAGGAAACUAAUCAAGUCGAAGAAUUUUUACAAAAUUUAGCGCAACAUUCAAAAUCUAUUGUCGUUGGUAUCAAUCGGUUAAAAGAAAAUUUUAAUUCGCUAAUUACAUGCUACGAAGGUCCAAGUAUGCUGAAUAAUACGUGUGAUAUGUAUAACUCUGAAAACUUUCAAGUUGAGUCAACUUUAAAAGAAGAUCUAAAUCCAUUAUUUUCGAAUUACAAGAACAUUGUUGAACAGCUUGAAAACAUCAAUUUACAACGUAGUAACCUUCUUUGUGAAUUAAGCCAAUUUUUCUCAAAAGAGAGAGGUCUAAAAGAAGUGUCUUCUUAUAGGCCAAUUGAUACAACCAAUUUUACAAUAAACUACAUAUCAUUCAAGCAAUGUUUACAAAAAUUGUCAAACAUUAGCUCUCAUUUUGACUAUCUUAAAGAUCAACUCUAUUUACAAACAACCGUAGAUCUCGAUAAAAGAUUACAUAACAAAAAAGACAAUAGUCCUAAGAAAAAAAAUUGGGAAUUACAGAUUCAAGAAAUGAAAGAUAUCAUUGUCCGCAUUCCACAUAGUAAAGAGAACGAUGAACUGCAAAUGAAAUUAAAUCAGAUUGAAAAAUUCCUAGUCGAAAACAAUGAAAUAUUGAAAGGACAAUUGUUAGAAUUAGAAUUUCUUAGAAAAAUAGAAAGUAAACGGAACGAAUUAAAUAACGAUUUGUUAGACGAUAGAGACAAUCAAUUAAAGAAUAAAUUACUAUUACUCAAUACAUCGAAAUAUCAAAUUAAGACUUUAAAUCGUCUAGUAAUUAAAUGGAAGAGACUAUUCGAUAAACGCAACGAGAUUAUCAGUUCAUUAUUAAAGGAUAGAGAGGAACUUCUUAAUCAAAUUAAAUUAAAUAAUUUUAUACCCGAUUAUUCAAAAUUAAGCGAAUUUAGAGAGUUAAAAGAAUUAUCUAAUACAAAAGAUGAUUAUUAUCAACAAUACUAUACAAAUAAUUUAAUAGAUAAGAGUAAAACAAACGAAUUGGAUAGAUGUAGAUAUGAGAGGGAUCGUUUAAGAAAGGAAAUUGAAAUUAGAUUACCAAUAACAAACGAAACUUUAGUACAAUUAAGAAAUAUUAUAAAGAAAUUACAUAAUAGGCUCUCGUCCAAAUCGAAGAUGCUACUAUCAAAAAGAAAAGCUAAAAAGAGAUUAAGUCAAGCCGAAACUACUUUAAUCGUUGAUACACUAAAGAAUUUAGAGAAAUCUUGCAACAUUCUCACUGAUUCUAAUACAACUCAACAUCCCAAAUUAUCAGAGGAUAAAAUAAGUACGAAUACAUUAAAUAGUCCAACAAAUGCAAAUAUUAUUGAAGGUCAUCAAAUGACAAAAAUACAAAGGUAUUACGAAGAGAAUUUUAGUAAUGAUAUUGAAAAGAAUACUGAGAAUAACAGUUUUAUUGAAAUUCAAUCAAAAUUUCAAUGUUUAAGAGAACAUUUCGAAAUUCUUUACGAUUUAGUUGAAACUAAUGAUUUAUUGGAUAGCACUACACUUUUUACUUUUGAACAAGUUCGUGAACUACAAACCAGUUCCAAUGUCAUAAAAUAUCAAAUAGACAAAGCCGAAGAAAAGAGAACAAGUUUUUUUGAGAAUAUAUCGAAGGUCGUCGAAAAAGAGACGACAGGCCUAUUCCCGCCCACAGAAUUAGAAUACUUACAGUCGCACGCUUUAACUUACUCUUUCGAAUUAGUAAAUUGUUUAACUAGUCUUAUUUCUAAUCAGAAUAAAAGAUUAUUAAUUCAAGAGAAUUAUAUACAACUACUUGAGAAACAAAUAUUAAAAGGGGAAAACAAAAUAACUACUAGUUUAACAAGGCUUGAUAAACCAGAAUUAAAAUGUAUGGAACAAGAUAUAAAGCAGGAUACUCAUACUUCAAUAAACAGUCAGAUGAGUACUAGACAGAGUAAUAGACAGAGUAAUAGACCGAGUUCCCAAUGUUUUAUAAUGAAUAAAUCGGAGAUCAUUAGCGAAACAAUUGAUACGUCAUUUGAAAAUUACAGCAUUUAUAAUAAAAUUAAUAAUGAAAAAAAGAAGGUCAAAAGACGCAAAAAAAGUACCAGUAAGAGGACGACGGAAACUAUUAAACCAUAUAAAAUGGGGACAUUUUUAAAAAAUAAGAAAGCCUAUAAAAAAUUUCGUAAAAUUUCACUAUUAAAAAAGAAAUCUGUCUGA